AUGAUUUCUAUUCAAAAAGAUGUGGAUGCUAAUUCAACUUUUGAUAAUACUGUAGAAUGGAGGAAAUUCACUUCAAAUGGUGCAGGAUUAAUUUAUUUUGGUUACAUCAAACCAUGGAUUGAACAACAUAUGGAAACAAUUAAAAAGUAUUCCAAUAACCCAAUUGACGUUUUACAAUCAGUUGGUGGUUUAAACAGUUUUUUCAAUAAGAAUUCCAAUACUGGAUCACCAUCUGAAUCAAGUACUGUUUCUAGUGAUUAUUCAAAUGUGAUUGAUUCAUUUGUAAUGGUUAUGAAUAUGAAGAAUAAAUGGACAGGUACCAGUGGAUCUCCAUCUAAUCUGGAAGAAAUCGAAACUAAUGACGAAAUUCCUGAAACUAAGGAAAUCAAUGAAUCUAAAUUAAAUGAUGAAUUUGAUGUCGUGGAUGGUACAGUUGAUCCAAAUGCUCAAGUUACUAAAAGAAGAGGAUUUUUUUGGUGA